ACAAAUAUCUUCUAUGUUUUAUUCUUUUCGUAUGAGUAUUUUACACGUAACUUUAUUAAUAAUAGUCACAAAUAAUCACAAAAAAUGUUAUUUUUAAAAUUACUUUUUAUUUUAUUAAUUGGAGAUUUCAUCAAAAAUGUGGUGUUGUACAAUCCAAUGUUAUCGUAUACCGUACGGUUUAAGAAAGUUUUUGUACAACCGAGCCAAUUUGGGCAUUUUACCGUCGAUCAAUACAAAGAAACACAAUACAUAAAUGGAAAUUUUACACUACCUACGAAUGUAUCCAUUGAUACAGUUAUAGCGGUAUUUAAUCGUUGUGACCCAGAUGGCAUUAAUUGUGAAUACUUCCAAACUUGGAAAUUAACAGAUAUCUGCACUAAAUUAAAGGACAAGAAUCAAAUAUGGUCCCGUUGGUACGGUUCGUUUGAUCCACCUGUGAUUUGUCCAUUUGAUAAGGGUCAUUACCAAAUGAAAAAUGGAACUAUUGAUCUUGGCAUAACAACGCUGUUGUAUCCUCAAGCAACCGAUUACCAAUGGAAAGUAAUUCAAAAGUUCUGUGGUAAUGAUGGAUGUAUCGGUAUUAUGGUUAUGGAAAUUUCAUUUUUUGGCUACAGAAAAAAAAUCAAGUUAAUUCCAAAAUUAUAA